UUGUUUCGAAUAUUUCGUAGCAAAAAUAGUAAAAUAGAUAAUAUUACUUUAGCCUGAAUAAAGUAUAAUCUGUUAAGAAAUAUACCUAGUUGGGAAAUAAAUACAGACCAUACUUCGCCACCAUGGCCCUAAAUAGGCUUUUCGCUGGGCUAUCAAUAACUCCUUCGGUUUUGGGGCGACGAACUAUUUAUACAGGAGUUGUUAAUUUUGCGAGUAAACCUCCAUUAGACAAGCCAAAGCCAGGAUUCGGCAUAGCUUAUAGGCGUAUAGUGCAUUUUCCUGAAGAAUAUACCGUCAAGCCUUUACAAGUAACCAAUCUUGCAGGCAGAGAUCCAGUGACAGGUCGCAUUGUAGCUAAAGGCAUAGGAGGUGGCAUUAAGCACAAGUACCACUGGAUAGCGUGGGUGAGGGAUGGGCCCAAGGAGGGCCCUCCUCAGGAGGAGAAGGUCAUACAGAUUAUGGAAGAUGGUUGUCGGACAGCAAAUGUUGCCUUAGUGGCAGUUGGAGACAAGUUGAAAUAUAUUCUUGCGACGGAGAACAUGAAAGCCGGUGACAUUAUCAAAACAUCCAGACACUUGCCUAGGAUUCCUGUUAGAGCCAAUGAAGGUGACGCUUACAUCCUAGGAGCGCUCCCUACCGGAACUAUUGUACACUGCAUUGAAAAAGUGCCUGGUAUGGGCGGUCUGUACAUCCACGCAGCGGGCACCUUCGGCACCAUAUUGAGGAAGCAGGACGACCGUAUAAUAGUGCAAAUGCCGUCUAAGAGGCUGUUCAGCUUCGACCAGCACUGCAUGGCUGUUGUUGGUCGAUUAUCAAACAUAGAGCACGGUAACACGCCCAUCGGGUCCCCGCAGCGUAACCGCUGGCUCGGCAACCGGCCGCGCUCGGGGCUGUGGCACCGCAAGGAUGGCCGCCACGGCCGCAAGAUACACCCGCCCAAGCCGGUGAAGGAGGUCGGCAAGGCGGAGGCGGUCCGGUCGGCUGCGCUUAGACUGUCUAUGCACCCGUAAAUUAAGAAAAUAUCGAGUAGUUAGCUAAUAAAAUAAAUUAAUCUAUGAAUGUGUAAAUUUUUUUAUUAAAAAAUUUGAAUUUUAACAGUUACAGAUAUACAGUCAAGUAUACAAUAUCAUAAUAUCAAUACAGACAGAGUCAAAAAUAUGUAAACUUGGCCUUAUUGCUUUAAUAUGUGUACAUAUUUUUGUCUAAGUUCAAGUAGAGUCCAAGUGAUAAAAGUCAAGGAGCUUCACAAUUAACAACGCGUAACUGCUGGCUCGGCAAGCGGCCGCGCUCGGGACUGUGGCACCGCACGGAUGGCCGCCACGGCCGCAAGAUACACCCGCCCAAGCCGGUGAAGGAGGUCGGCAAGGCGGAGGCGGUCCGGUCGGCUGCUCUUAGACUGUCUAUGCACCCGUAAAUUAAGAAAAUAUCGAGUAGUCAGCUAAUAAAAUAAAUUAAUCUAUGAAUGUGUAAUUUUUUUUAUUAAAAAAUUUGAUUUUUUUUUUCUCAAUGUCUGUAUCUUUUUUUCAUGUAGUGUGCACAAUAAAGCAUUUUAUUAUUA